AUACCACAAUAUCCAUAGUGUUUCACUACUCUGCAUUCCACCUUCACUUUUUGCUUAGCUACAACUGUAGAACCAUUCUCCCAGAGAGUGUGUGUGAGAUAGUUCAUGGGUUGGAAAGGAAUACUGGGUUUUGAAUAUGGUGUAGUUCAGGGACCAUUAGGCCCUGAUAUCUCUGGUCCUGAACUUGUUGCUGCAGUUGCCAAUGCUGGUUGUCUUGGAAUUCUCAAGGCUCCUGAUUGGGAAUCACCUGAUUACUUGAGGGAGCUUAUAAAGAAGACUAGGAACUUAACAGACAAACCGUUUGGGGUUGGUGUGGUACAAAUAUUUCCUCAUGAGGAAAACUUGAAAGCCAUUUUGGAGGAAAAAGUGGCAGUCUUGCAAAUUUCCUGGGGUGAUUGUUCUAGGGAAUUGGUCACCCGGGCUCAUUCUGCUGGAGUCAAGGUUGUUCCCCAGGUUGGGAGUGUUAAAAGUGCAAAACAGGCAAUUGAUGCGGGUGUUGAUGGAAUAAUUGUGCAAGGAAUUGAAGCUGGUGGCCAUGUUCUUGGUCAGGAAGGUGUAAUCUCAUUGGUGCCAAGGGUGGUCGAUCUUGUUGGCGACCGAGACAUACCUGUUAUUGCAGCUGGAGGAAUUGUUGAUGCACGAGGUUAUGUUGCUGCUCUGGCACUCGGUGCUCAAGGAGUUUGUCUAGGCACUAGGUUUCUGGCAACUGAGGAAAGCUAUGCUCAUCCAAUAUACAAGAGGAAGCUAAUUGAAUAUAGUGAAACUGCAUACACUGAUGUAUUUGGCAGGGCAAGAUGGCCUGAUGCACCUCAUCGUGUCUUGCAGACACCCUUCUACAAAGAAUGGAGAUCCCUUCCUGCUCAUGAAAAUGAAGCCAACCAGCCUGUCAUUGGCCAUACAAAAAUUCAUGGAUUGGAGAGAGAUAUUCGACGUUUAGCAGGAACUGUCCCAAACAUGACUACUACUGGAGAUUAUGAAAGCAUGGUCAUGUAUGCUGGCCAAGGUGUUGGUCUCAUCAAGGAAAUUCUACCUGCUGCUGAAGUGAUUAAUAGGGUAGUUAAAGGGGCUCAGCUGCUUAUCCAGCAAAACUUUAAUUAGCUUCUAAAGAAGAGUUUGGCUUAUUACUCUCAGUAGCUUACUUGGUCAAAACAAUUGUGUCUGGCUAAUGUUGCAAAUAUGGCUCAGUGGCUUAUAUAGAAUAACAAGACUACCCAGUUUCAGAUCAAGAUUCAAAAUAAAAAUUUCAAAUACCAUUUUCAUACUCCUCCAUCUUGAGAUAGCCCUAUAUUUGCAUCUGAUAAGCCCACUUCAUAGACUUAGUCAUUUUAAGGCUUGCGGAAGUUCCUUGGUGCUGGUACUACUGUAAUACAAUUCCAAGAUAUGAUUACUGUCCACUGUUUGGGUAUUUGGUAAUGAAGAUCCAAGCUAAGUGAAUUAACAGUAAAUUUUAUUUACUUCCCUAAGUUUUGGGCAAUAAACUGGGACUCUAUGAAACACCGACACUUCAAAAAUCUUGAUGUAUCGUGUCCGACAUUUCCCUAUACUCUCUGAUACUUCAACACUCCCCGACACUCCAACAUGCGUUGU